AUGAAACUCUGGACCUUGGGCACCAGUAUUUUCCUAAGGCUUUGGGGGACUUAUGUGUCUCCACGAAGCCCUAGCUGGAUGGACUUCAGCCAACAUUUGGGAGCUUCUUGCUUUGUGGCUUUCCUUUCUGUGAGCCUCUUCUCUGCAGCCUUCUACUGGGUCCUGCCAUCCGUUGCCCUGCUCUCUGCUGUCUGGAUGGUCACCUGUGUUCUUCUAUGCUGUUCCAAGCGCGCACGAUGCUUCAUUCUUCUGGCCGUUCUCUCGUGUGGCCUCCGGGAAGGUAGGAACGCUUUGAUUGCGGCUGGCACUGGGGUAGUGAUCUUUGGACAUGUGGAAAAUAUUUUUUAUAACUUCAGAGGUCUCCUAGACAGCAUGACUUGCAACCUAAGGGCAAAGAGCUUUUCAGUACAUUUCCCACUUUUAAAACGGUAUACUGAAGCCAUCCAGUGGAUUUACGGUCUUGCCACGCCGCUGAAUCUAUUUGAUGACCUUGUUUCUUGGAACCAGACUCUGGUGGUCUCUCUUUUUAGUCCCAGCCACGCCCUGGAGGCUCACAUGAAUGACACUAGAGGGGAAGUCCUGGGUGUCCUGCACCAUAUGGUGGUCACGACGGAGCUGCUGACUUCCGUGGGUCAGAAGCUGCUUGCCCUCGCCGGGCUUCUGCUCAUCCUAGUCAGCACUGGCCUCUUCCUGAAGCGGUUCCUGGGCCCUUGUGGCUGGAAGUAUGAGAAUGUCUACAUCACCAGACAAUUUGUUCAGUUUGAUGAAAAGGAGCGGCACCAACAGCGACCCUGUGUCCUCCCGCUGAAUAAGAAGGAAAGGAAGAAAUACGUCAUCAUCCCAUCUUUGCAGCUGACUCCAAAAGAGAGGAAAGCCCUUGGGCUAUUCUUCCUUCCUGUCCUGACCUAUCUCUACAUGUGGGUGCUGUUUGCUGCUGUGGACUAUCUGCUGUAUCGGCUCAUCUCCUCCAUGAACAAACAGCUCCAAAGCUUGCCAGGGCUGGAAGUUCACUUGAAACUACAUGGAGAGAAGCAAGGAACUCAAGAAGUCGUCCAUGAUUCUGCCUUUAAUAUAUCUAUGUUCGAACCGAGCUGCAUUCUUAAACCACGUCUCAGUGUGUCUGACACUUGGGUUCCUCUCAGUAUUAUUCUCUUAACACUAAUAAUACUAGGAUUGUUGUCUUCUAUGCUGAUGCAGCUUAAAAUUCUCGUGUCAGUCUCCUUUUACCCCAAAGUGGAGAGGGAGAGGAUUGAAUACCUCCAUGCGAAGCUCCUUGAGAAACGAUCAAAGCAGCCACUGGGAGAGGCUGACAGGAAACCGAGCCUGUACUUUAAAAAGAUUCACUUCUGGCUUCCAGUCCUGAAAAUGAUUUGGAAGAAGCAGAUGAUCCCUGCAAAUGAAGAUGACCUAUGAGAAACCCGGU